UUGUUUUUCGAGUCGUGCGUGCGUGCUGCGUGCGUGAAAUUUUUCGGUCCUCGCGCGAUCUCAGCAGCUCCGGUUCUCGCGGGCUCGCUCAUUUUCCCCAAUUUUUCCAGCGCCGGGCAGUGAAAACAUGGAGAUCAGCAAAACGAUUGGCAUCGCGGCUGGUGUCGCCGGAACGCUUUUCCUCGGGUACUGCAUAUACUUCGACCACAAGCGGCGAAAGGAUCCGAGCUUCAAGAAGAAGUUGCGCGAAAGACGGAAGAACAAGAAGUCGGCGGCAUCGGCAGGCCCAAGGACAACAAUCCCCAACCUAACAGAUCACGAGGAGGUGCAAAGAUUCUUCCUCCAGGAGAUCCAGCGGGGUGAAUCGCUCAUUGCGGCCGGUGACAUUGAGAACGGGGUCGAGCAUUUAGCCAACGCGGUCAUCGUGUGCGGCCAACCGACGCAACUGCUGCAGAUCCUCCAGCAGACGCUGCCAGCCCAGGUGUUCGCCCUGCUGAUCACGCGCAUGCGACAGUACGGUAGCCAGCAGGCCGGAGAGAACGACAAAGCCAAGCUGCAGGAGAUGAACGACGAUCUGGAGUAGCGAGCUUCACGGGAGGUGAAGUCCUGCUGGUGAGGCCAGCGAGAAGAUAGAGAGCCCACCCUCACACACUACAAGCAAUCGAAUCAGCUCCGAAUCCUGGCUGACUGGCUAACUUCUUACUUCUCGUCGUCGUUGUCGUCGAAUUUCGUAUCGUAGCUGCACAAAAUCGUUCUCUACGCCGUAGUAGUAAAAUCCCGUUUAGUUCUUACUUGGAAGCCCUACUAGCCCAACGUCGUACCGUUACCAGUCUUAACGCAUGAAGAACCCAAACACCUCUUGAUCCCUGACUGCGCGUGUGCGAUCGCGUCGCUCCGUUGCUGCCCGUUCUUUGCGAAACCGAGAACAUCACGAUCGGAUCGAACCAGGGUGACGGGUGAAUACUGGCGAGUACCGGCCUAACCCAACAACACCCCUUCACAUGAAGAUCAUUGCGGAUUACGAACACAAACACGCAAACACACAAAAUAAACAAUACUACCUAUAUAAAACGGAAACUACGGAAUUACUACUACUCGCUGCACUUACAAGCGUGCUCCCUAUAUAGUACCUCCUACGUUUGGAACAAGAACCACAACAACAGCCGGCGAGGAUCGGUGAAAAGGGGAGAGCGAACGCGCACUGACCUUGCAAGGUAACAGAACACACCCAUAUAAAUAGAGAUUUAUGUACGAGACAAAUGCUAGCUUUUGUGGAGAUAAUAAAGCGAUAAUCCAGUGUUAUUUCAUGGGCACCGUCCCGUGAGACCGUUAGU